CAGGGCAGCCGCCUGCCGCCGAGCCCCGAGCCCCGAGCGCCGCUGCUCGCGGGAGCGCUUUCGGCCCGGAGCCGCGGCCGCCGCCAGCAGGGUUCAUGUUUGGGAUCCAGGAGAAUAUUCCGCGCGGGGGGACGACCAUGAAGGAGGAGCCGCUGGGCAGCGGCAUGAACCCGGUGCGCUCGUGGAUGCACACGGCGGGGGUGGUGGACGCCAACACGGCGGCGCAGAGCGGCGUGGGGCUGGCGCGGGCGCACUUCGAGAAGCAGCCGCCUUCCAACCUCCGCAAGUCCAAUUUCUUCCACUUCGUGCUGGCGCUCUACGACAGGCAGGGGCAGCCGGUGGAGAUCGAAAGGACCGCUUUUGUGGACUUUGUGGAGAAAGAGAAAGAGCCCAACAACGAGAAAACCAACAACGGCAUCCACUAUAAGCUCCAGUUGCUGUACAGCAACGGAGUCAGAACGGAGCAGGAUCUGUAUGUACGCCUCAUAGAUUCCAUGACCAAACAGGCCAUCGUGUACGAGGGCCAGGACAAGAACCCGGAGAUGUGUCGCGUGCUGCUGACCCACGAGAUAAUGUGCAGCCGGUGCUGUGACAAGAAAAGUUGUGGCAACAGAAACGAGACGCCCUCAGACCCUGUAAUCAUUGACAGAUUCUUUCUAAAGUUUUUCCUCAAGUGCAAUCAGAACUGUUUGAAGAAUGCAGGCAACCCUCGAGAUAUGCGGAGAUUCCAGGUUGUUGUGUCGACAACAGUCAACGUGGACGGCCACGUGCUGGCCGUGUCUGACAACAUGUUUGUGCACAACAAUUCCAAACACGGGCGGCGGGCCCGCCGCCUAGACCCGUCAGAAGGUACGGCCCCUUCUUAUCUGGAAAAUGCCACUCCGUGCAUCAAGGCCAUAAGCCCCAGUGAAGGCUGGACCACGGGGGGAGCCACCGUGAUCAUAAUCGGAGACAACUUCUUCGACGGCCUGCAAGUCGUGUUCGGAACCAUGUUGGUGUGGAGCGAGCUCAUCACUCCCCAUGCCAUCCGGGUGCAGACCCCACCGCGGCACAUUCCUGGAGUCGUGGAAGUCACCCUGUCCUACAAAUCCAAGCAGUUCUGUAAAGGUGCUCCUGGGCGGUUUGUCUACACCGCCCUUAAUGAACCGACCAUAGAUUACGGCUUUCAGAGGUUGCAGAAAGUGAUCCCGAGACAUCCGGGUGAUCCCGAAAGGUUACCCAAGGAGGUGUUGCUCAAGAGGGCGGCGGACCUGGUGGAAGCCUUGUACGGGAUGCCCCACAACAACCAGGAGAUCAUCCUGAAGCGAGCGGCCGACAUUGCCGAGGCGUUGUACAGCGUCCCCCGCAAUCACAACCAGAUCCCCACCCUGGGCAACACUCCCGCGCACACCGGCAUGAUGGGCGUGAACUCCUUCAGCAGCCAGCUAGCCGUCAACGUGUCCGAGACCUCACAAGCCAACGACCAAGUCGGCUACAGUCGCAAUACAAGCAGCGUGUCCCCGCGAGGCUACGUCCCCAGCAGUACUCCCCAGCAGUCCAAUUACAACACAGUGAGCACUAGCAUGAAUGGAUAUGGAAGUGGCGCCAUGGCCAAUCUAGGGGUCCCUGGCUCGCCUGGAUUUCUUAAUGGCUCCUCCGCUAACUCUCCCUACGGCAUAGUGCCGUCCAGCCCCACCAUGGCAGCCUCUUCGGUCACCCUCCCUUCAAACUGUAGCGGCACACACAGCAUUUUCUCAUUCUCACCUGCCAAUGUCAUCUCUGCAGUGAAACAAAAGAGCGCCUUCGCGCCCGUGGUCCGGCCCCAAGCUUCUCCUCCUCCCUCCUGCACCAGCGCCAACGGGAACGGACUCCAAGGCUCUCUGCUGGGUGCUGAGGACGUUACCGUGGAGAAGACAAACUGGCCCUUUUGUGAAGUCGGUGGCAUAUUUCACUUUGAUGAACUAAUGCUCAAAAAAGGAACUGGAAAGCUAUGUCUGGGCUGGUAGUCCCGCCGAUGUGAGGGGCGGCCGCCUCCCGCAGCGCCCGCCCGCGCCCAAGGACGGACUUCAGGGGACGCGUUUAGUGUCUAGGACCUGCUGCUGGAGACGUGUCUGCGGAGGCUUCAGCAGCAGCGGAAACGCGACGAGAGACUUUGUUUAAAGAUUUUAUUUAAACUAUUAAGAAUCAACAUGCAAACAGCCUACUUCUUCACGAACGAUUCCAUUUUAUUGACUGAACUUUUCUCAUAUUUCCACAUUUCUCGGUCCUGAAGACUAAGGAAAACAAAGCGACGCCUAUUUUGUAUAAAGUUUCUGACUCCGUCUUGGCUCUGUCUAGUACUUGCUAUGUGUUGGGAGAAACUUUGUGAAUGCACCAUUUUGAUUAUCAUGAAACACUGAUGAAAAAUGCCUCCGGACAUUUUUCUGUGCUCAUAACUUAGAUUCACAAUGGUUGUGUAUCUCUAUAAUGUGAAAUAUUUUUUUGUGGUGAAAAAAAAAAAAGGGGGCCAAGGAGGUGUGAGCCAUCGAACUGGAAGAGAGGAGGACUACGUGACGAGGAGAUUUCGGGGUGGCAGGGGCGGGGGGCGGGUUUAUCAUGGCUUAACUUCAUCUUAAUGAAAUGAAACUUUGUAACUUAUUGUAGUUAGAAAUUGUAACUUUGAUAUUGAAUUCUCUUGCCUUCAACAAGCACACUGACAGAAAAAAAAAAAUGCUACUGUCUGUUGGUUUAACUAUUCUCCCACUGCUAGAGCUUCCUGUUAAGCAAGUGUGAUCUGCAACAUUUUUUCAACUUUUGCUAGCACUGUAUACUAUUGCAUUCUUAGGCUACUGUGAGGUCCAUGUUUCUUGUACCAGAACUUGUCCUUUUGACUUCUAGCUCCUUCUUCCCUAAUGUGUUUUGUAUGUGGUUAUAAAAUUGUAGACUUUUGUGAUUUUGCCAAAGUUGUAGCUAAAUAUUUAUACACUUGUCUUGAAUUUUUUUCAGAUCCACUUAAAUAUUUAGAAAAAAAAAAAACAAAAAAACAAAACCCCCACCACCACGUUUUCUUCCUUAUGUGUCUCAUAAGGAAUAAAAUGGUCUCCAUUCAACACUUUUCCAUGAACACUUACAGUUGCUAAGGGACUUUCUUUUGUAACAUAUCGAUUAUAAAUAUUGUAUUUAUCUUUGAGACUUUGUACAUUGGUUUUCCUGCCAUUUUCUUUUUUCUCUCGUCUGUAUUGGUUUUUGAUCGUGGCCUGGUGUUGGGAAGAGCAUUAAGCCAAGAGCUGUCUCUUUGAUCUGUUUCUGUUAAAGUGAACUGGUGUCCUUGCAUUUCAUUUGUGCUUCAGAUUUGCUUUUGUGGAGACUUCCCGUCCUUUUUUUUUUUCUUUUUUUUUUUUAUUUUGAGGAAAAGUCAAAUUCAUUGUUUAUUUUUAUAUUAUUUUUAAGUUAUCUGAACAAAUACUUUUGAAAAAAAAAAAGUUCGUUGUAUAGUCAAAACAAAACGGUGCCACUCGGCUGUGACAAAUCCUAGUAGAUUCCGUGCAUGUGGAACAGCCGCAAAGAGGUGACACCGUUUGGGGCUGUGUCCUUAUUUUAUUUUUCUGUAGAAUGUAAAAAAAAAAAAAAAAAAAUCAUUUUAGCUGCCACCCAUGACUUUGCCACAUAGCUGAACUGUGUUUACUGGAAAAAUUCAGAGGCCUAAAGCUUAAAAUAAAAUUUACUUCUGAUGUUUUAAUUAAAAUGUUUGCCACAUUAACUUCUCUGAUGCCUUAAAAGUGGACUUCUUUAAAGAACCUUUGUGCUAUUUUAUCACAGGCUUACAACACAAUCGUUAAUCGAUAUUUCAUUUGGAGAUUUAUGGUGUAAACACACACACACACACACACACACACACACACACAAACAAAAGCACAAACCUGACGUUCCAUGUGUCGCUCCAUUCUGCGUCUGAUUCUGCUGCGUUCCGUGUCUCCCCGGGGCCCACCUAGGAUCCAGAGAGGUUUCGGGGGAACCAAAAAUCACCGCUGGUUUUUAACUUUUUUUGAAACGACACCUUUUUUGAGGUCGGACCCCCGCAGCGCUGUCUGUACUUUUUAAAACCGGAAUGACCUCCUUCAGAUACUGUGCCUGUUCGUGCCAAACCCACAGUGAGACCAGGAGGGUCAGUCUUUUCCCUUUGUGUUAAACGCCUCACAGACACAGCACAGCAGACGUUGCGCGAAUUGCAGCAGAAAUCAGAUGUAAAACAAAAGGGAGGGACAUUAAAAAACAACUUUCUUGACAAAAGAACAAAACCAUGCACAACUUAGGAAAGUGUUCAUUCGAGGGACUAAAUAAAACAGCAGAAUGUCCCGGUGGUCAGCGGGUCGCGGUCCGGCCCCAUGACCGCUAAGGCUUAGCUACGUGGGAAAGCCUGAGAAGUCACUUUGGAACUAAAUUGCCUCCGUUUUAUUUUGUAUAAGUAAGGGUUUGAUCUAAAAAAACAAGCUCACGUGUACAUGUUAAGAACGUUUGCAAGUUUCCUCAUCCCUGCACUCGGUUUGUGUUUUAGAUUAGUCAAUGCCCCUCAUCGCUUCAUUGUCUCAAAAUUGAGCGCUUCACUAAAUGGUAGAUUUUACUGUUAAAGACCCUACAAUAAGAUUGUUUUAUCUGUACAUUUUUUCAGAUAUUUAACUGUAUAAAAAUGUUCAUUUUACACAAUAUUUAAUUAAAGUAUUUCUUGUCUGUGAA